AUGGAACAGCCACAGUCGCCGGGAACAAAGUCACUGGAGAUUGGAGAUAUCAUUGAACCACUUUUAAGGUUUACUCUGCGCUCUCAUUUGGAUGAAACAGUGCCAAGUCUCGAUCUUGACCUGCCUCGAGAUCUCUGCCUCUAUCUCCUGGAAGAGGAAGAUUCAACAGAAAAACCUGCGAGGUACAAGAUUCUAGCAAGGGCUUUGUCUGAAUGUCUUACUUCCAAGGAGCAUGGUUCAAACUUUGAAAAUUACAGCAAUGAUUUGCUAAAUAUGUUGAAAAAGGUAAACUUUGAGCUUCAUGUCCAGGAGCCUUAUUUCACACAACUGAAAGAUGGUCUGAAAACUACUGAAGGAAGGUGUGCAGUAGGAGAUUACAUGAGGAUUAGAUCAGGAGAUUUUAUUUUGUUCAAUAAAUGUUUGCUACUUGAAGUUCAGGACGUUUGCUAUUAUACUUCAUUCUCAGAAAUGUUGAGAGUGGAAAGUCUUGCCAAAGUUCUUCCUGGAGUUGAGACUAUAGAAGAAGGUGUUCAAGUUUACCGUAACUUUUACACUGAGGAGAAGGAAAGAAUAAACGGUGUUGUUGCAAUUCGUGUUGUAAAACCAGUUAAUCAGCCAUAUACAGCUUUGGCGGGAUUACUCUCUGAACUCAAGGCCACUGGGAUCAAAGGUCUGUUGGAUGACUAUACAGCAUGA